AUGAAUGAGAAUAUAUCUUUAUUUGAAGAUAAAUUCUCACGGAUCAAUAUUAACAAAUCACCAACACGACGUAAGAAAACAUACCCCCAAAAUUUAUACCCAACCCCCACUGCUAUUAGAACACAAGCUAGCAGUAGAGCCAUUAGCAGGAAUAAUGAAGGAUUGAAUUCAACAAGCUUCGACCCUAUAAGAACACAAUAUAGUGCUCCCAAGACCCCAUUUUCUAGAGAUAUAUCUCAAUCGAAGUCCCUCAGUACCGGCAAACCAAAUUUACAUAGUCCAAGAGUAAUAAGUUAUCCCAUGUCAGAAACAUCACAACUGAAGAAACAAUACCAGUUCUCGUUUAUGCGAGAAACAACAUCUUCGAAGCAGAAAAAGCAAAUACAAAACCCAUUUAAUUCUGGCAUUCAGACUUCGCUCAAGAAUCUCCCACCAACAUCACGACUUCCGCCAACUCCUCCGGCUGCAGCAACACAACCCUCACCCAUAAAUACGAAGAAAAGGGUCGACCUAGCACGUAAGGCAAGCCACGCUCUACGCUCAAGAAGAUUGAUCGCUUCUAAUGCGUUAAAGUUAAAUCCACCUGUAAAUGCCACUCCCAACUCAAAUUCAGAUAAUAGUUUCACAGAAGAAACCUCUCCUACAAAGAUGGCAAGAAAUGACCCAGUCGUAGAGUCCCUCACAAAGCCCAGGCGGCUAACUGGGAGAAGUGCAACCCAACCUCCGUCCAGCAAUGUCUUUGAACGGCUUUACCCGGUUAAGAAAUCAGAAGGAACUUCUAGCGGUAACAGGCUUAGGAAUAUUGAUAAUAGAGGUCCAAGAGCAAAGACCCCCAUCACUUCUAAUAAGCAGACAGUACCAUCAACAUUAACUGAACUGAAAGUGCAAGACGUACAAGAAUUGUUCAAAAUUCUUCACAGUAAAGAGCCUGACUUAUUUAUCAGUACUAGUCCAAGCGCACCCAAACAACCAAUACCCAUAGACAGAGUACCCAUGCAAUUGCUAAAUGUCUACGAACGCGGAGAAAUCGUGCGAAAGAAUGAACUAUAUUACGUUCCUACUAAUUGCUCAAGGAAUAUAGAUAUUAAGAACUACAGAGAGAAUUUUGGCUUUGAUGACAACAAGGGACAUUAUAUUAUUAUUCCUAAUGAUCAUAUUAACUAUAGAUAUCAAACAAUAAACACAUUGGGUAAUGGAUCAUUUGGGAAUGUUGUACUAGCUCGUGAUCAUAAAUUGGACAAUAUUGUUGCGGUGAAGAUUAUAAAUAAUGAUUUAAACUGGUCAUUGCAAUCCAUAAAUGAGAUCAAGAUGUUGAAAUUGUUGAAUGAAAAGGAAAGGAAUGCAAACAUUUUACAGUAUUUUAAUCAUUUCAAUUUUAGAAGUCAUAUGUGUAUAACCACCGAAUUAUUGUCCCUUAAUCUAUAUUCCCUUUUGGAGCUAGUUGACUUCAGAGGUCUUUCCAUCGACAUUUUGAAAACAUUUAGCAAACAGAUCUUGAACGGUUUAGAAUAUAUACAUAGGCAUGAUAUAAUUCAUUGUGACAUUAAACCAGAAAAUAUAAUGAUAAAGCUCCCACCAAAUCCGAAGCAUUCAUCCGACAUAACCAUCAAAAUAAUUGAUUUUGGUUCAUCGUGCUACGCCAAUCAGAUUUUAUUCACCUAUAUCCAGUCGCGGUUCUAUCGAGCGCCAGAAGUAAUCCUUGGAGCAAACUAUGACCAAAAGAUCGAUAUUUGGUCAUUUGGCUGUGUAAUUGCUGAAUUAUUUACCGGUUACCCCAUCCUACCUGGUAGAAAUGAAAUAGAACAAAUUGGAUUAAUGUUGGAAAUAUUUGGAGCGCCAAAGAGUAGUACGAUAUUGAAGAUGAGACGAAUUUUGAAUAGACAAAUUUCGGCAUCAUCUACACAGAAAGCAGGACUCUUUGAAAUGAAUACCGUGUUGGGAAAUAAGGCUCCGAAUGAUAAACAACUUAAGAAGACAUUGUUGUAUAAGAUAUUUGAUAUGAAUGGGAAACUUAAUUUAUCGUUGCUUAAUUAUCAUGCUUCCAAUUUGAAUAAUGGAAUGAUAAAGAGACAAUUUAAGAUUAAUUCAAAGAGUUUUGAUAUAAUUUUGGGAAUAAAUAAACCUGGAAAUAUAGACACUCCGGGUAGCAAAGCUUCAUUCUUGAGAUUUUUAACAAAAAUCUUUAAAUGGGAUCAACUGGAACGUUGUGGUGCUAAGGAUUUAUUGGAGGAUCCGUUUUUAGAUUAG